AUGGGUGAAGAUGAAGAAAGUGACAAGAAGAAGAAAAAGAAAAGCGCAUCUAAAUAUAAUUACACGUUUGGCGAUAUUCAUCCAGGAGUUGUUAUUGGACAUAAGCAAUGUUUAUAUCGCGCACCAGGCUACGCAGUUCCCUCAAAUAUGGGGUGGCUUUGGAAUGCACCUGAUGUGUCAGGACUAAAGUAUCGCCGAGGAUGGCAACCGGGCAGUAUUGGUAAAAGUGUGGCUAAACUGAUGACCUUCAAAUGCGCACGUGGAGGCAAUGAAAGAGAUAAGAACAAGAAGAAGAAGAAAAAAGGCAACAGACCUGGCGUUGAUCUGGGUGGCGGAGACUCCGAGCCCGAUGAACCCCUGGAACCUAAGCCCGCGUUAAAGGUCCAGAAGAAAGGAGAUGUCUUUACGAUACAGGUAAAUCCGCUAAAAGAUUUAACGGAAAUUGCACCCAAUGAAGACCCCUAUGUCGAUUGUGAUCCAAUGGUUUUCAAGAUUAUAAAGAAAAGGAGUCCCGAAGAGCAGGCGAAAGUAGAAGCUCGUAAAAUGGUAAAACUGAAAAAGCAGCGAGAUGCUGAAAUACGAAAAGCUCUUUCUGAAGCAGUGGAAGAUAUUUGUAAAUGUGCUUAUAUGGACGUAUUCUGCAAUGAUCUUUCGGCGAUCGACAAAGUUAUUGACAACUGUCCUGCAUUCAAAGAACCCGAUUGUAUUUGCCAAGAUGAAUCCCUGAGUUCUUUGUCUAGUAAUGCAACUUGGGAUAUUGAAUAUACUCCACCAUUCGGGUGUUUUGAUUUAGCUCCGAGAAAACGACAGAAUUUUAUACAUGUGGAAACUCAGUACAUACCAGCUGAUGCAGGGAUUGUAGAUAUACCCAAAAAGAGAUCUUGCAAUUCCGUAAGGCCGAAGAAGAAGACGUCGGGUAGAAUGGCGUGCUGUAGGCCUACUUGCCGAUCGUGA